GAAUCGUAGCGGAAGCCUACGGGCCAGGCCUGUCACGUGACAGGUACCUUUGCUUCUCCGGGAUGGAGCCGGAAGAGGGGACGCCGCUUUGGCGGCUGCAGAAGCUGCCUCCGGAGCAAGGCGCCCGGUUUCUUCACAAAAUUAUUGAUGGCAUCUGCGGCCGAGCUUAUCCUACCCACCAGGAUUAUCGUAGUGUUUGGGAUCCAACUGAAUGGAAGCAUGUUCUAGAAGAUGUUACCACGUUUUUCAAAGCUGUGGUUGGCAGAAACUUUUCUGAGGAAGAGACACUUCAGCAGUUGAACCAGCUGAAUUCAUGUCAUCAAGAAACUGUUUUGAAAUGUUUAAAGAGUAGGAGAAAUGAAAUCAAGCAGGUCCUUUUAGGAGAAAUAGUUGAUAUUUCUUGUGCACAGCUGCAGGAUUUUGAUUGGCAAUUAAAGCUCGCGCUUUCUAGUGACAAGAUUGCCACCUUGCAGAUGCCCCUUUUAAACCUUCACCUGGACGUGAAGGAAAAUGGUGAAGUGAAACCAUACUCGGUAGAAAUGAGUAAAGAGGAGUUACAGAAGCUGAUCAGCUCCUUGGAGGCAGCUAAUAAGGUGGUCCUGCAGUUAAAAUAACUGGUGAUGGUGAAUAUCAGCGCUCUCAGAUUUCAGUGCUGCACCGUGGCAGAGUGAAUGCUGCGUUCAGAGGGUGGAUGCUCCAGCAGGCUGGGCAGCAGCGCUGAGAUCACAAAGAUGAAAAUCUGUCAGAAACCCUAAAGGACAGGAAAUUGUAUGGCUGAUAGGAAGUGCACAGGAUGAAGGAAGAAAACGCUGAAGCUGCAGCCCAUGUUUUCACAGUGAUUGCUUUGGUUCAUUUAUUAAAUAUCUGAGAAAACUUUGUAGAUAAUGUUUUAUCAAAAGGUAAAAAUAAGCUCUGAAGUGAUGUAAACACAGAGCACAGACAUAGUGGACUGGUCUUAAAUGCGAAUAGCAAGACAUGUAUUCACAAUAUAUAAUUUGUGAUAUUUGAAGAUAAUGUCUUAAGGCAUAUCCAAGCUACAUAGGUAACUUAGGAGGGUCCUUAUCUUUCUCAUGUUUCAAAGAAAAGAUUUUUAAGUUGUAAAUUUUUAGAGAAAACUCUGUUAUCAGACAUGAACAAGAAAACAUUUAAAAUUUGUGUACAUACUUUGGGAAUAAUUUGAAUAAUAAAAUUCCUAAUAAUUUUAUAAACUAAAAUGUAAACUUCAAGAAAAUUUGAAUAAUGUUUUUUUUUUUCUCACAUCCUCACUUCCUUGGGAGACCAUGGUCUGAGGAAAUGAGAACACUGUCAUGGAUGGUGUGGUUACAUAUUUUUACUCACUUCAGGGGUGUUUUAUAAGGUCCGAAUAUGGAAUUUGAGCUUUUGGGUGGUGACAGAGUAAUUGUAAUACAAACCGUCCAUCACCUCAGCUAAAUGAAAAUAAGCCCUCUG